CUAAGCGCUCAUGAAGACAAUUCGUUUUACAGUGUCAUUUUCAGUAUAAUUCCAAAACCACAAGACGCAGAAACAGAUGCAAGAAAGAAUUGCAAACAAAAGAUAACCUCUUGCAAAUUUUUCGUUAGUCUGCUUUUUUCAAAGUCGGUCUAGUCUGAUUUGGUCUGACCUUAUACAUGCAAUGCUAUUCUCGACAUGCUGUAUCUUAAAAGCAUACCUAACCAAGUCGCUGGAAUACAUCCUAUAAUGGGGUUUCAUGUAAUAUGACCCAUUCAUCCUUUACAACACCCUUUCCUUGGAUCCUUGUUAUAUACUCAUUCCUUGUAAUGAACAAAGCGAAUUGGUAACUUAACUGCAAUCGUAUCCCAACCGAAAAGAAGAAAGAAGAGAGGAUAUCUCGAAUGUUCAACGAAGAAUGCCCCUUCUCAUCCCAAAUUUUAGAUGCUAAUUCCAACACAACUAAGAGCUAGAUCUUCCUUACUGUAUAGCACAGAAAGAAUUCGUUUCGUCUCCCUAGUUGAUUUUCUUCAGGGAAUGCUUGAAAUCCGUAAUUGUAUGAAUGUACAAGAAAUUAUACUUACACGUCUACAGUACGUCCGAUCUAAAAAAAUAUUCAGUGGAAAAACUGGAAUUUUGUUUGAAUAUUGCUCCAACUUAGAAAUAUAGCUACAGCACUCUCCUUACUUUAUAGUAUCAGAAAAGGAGUCAACUGUUGAUAGUCAGUCCUUCGAUAUUAUAAUUUAUCGUUGGUGCAUCUGCAGCGGUUAAAAC